ACCACCCCCCCCCACCAACUCGGCAACAUCUUCACCGGGAUUUCUUUCAAACCCAAACCAUAUGAGAUGCAAGUUCACUGGGGAACUCGUUCGGUUCAGGCAGCAAAACUUUUUCUCAACGGACGGCACCGUAGAACGGCGAGUGGACUGUUACCGUCGCUGCCGCUCCUCCGCGGGACGGUUUGUGCGUAUACCACCGCCGAGUGCCUGCUCGCGUCCGGACGUCCACGGUAUUGUGGUGUUACUUCUGUUUCCCCAGCGGAGUUGUUGUCGUUAGCAGCAGCAGCAGCAGCAGCAGUCGCGUGGCAGCGGUUGUAUUGUUGAAUUCGUUCCGGAGCUUGUCCGGGUCUCGCCCGGGGCUUUACUGUUAUCUGUGUUCUCGGGAGCGGUUUGUUUGGAAACAGCGCACGGGGGGGGCGAGAAGAAACGGUUCCUCGCGAGCCCUCGGCCGUAUGACUGCCAGGUUCGCAGCCCUUUAAACCUUUCCCGGGUGUCCUUCUUCUUCUUCUUCUUCUUCUUCUUCGGCGGCGGCUGUCGGUCGUCUCUCUCGUCCGCCGCCCGGCUGCCCGGGACCCUCCGCCGGGGAGGACAGAGAGCGAGGGGGGUACUCGGUGGCGCCGGUGACGGUGCUCGGAGGAGGAGGAGGAGGAGGAGGAGGUGUCGACCGAGCUCGACUGGGGGGAAAGUUCUUCCAAAAUAGCAGCCACUCGGCCCAGCGAUGGGGGAUUUCGCCUCCCCCGCUGCCGGACCCAACGGCAGUAUCUGCGUCAACAACAGCAUGAACCCGGCUGCCGGGAGCGUGGUGCCCGCCGGGGCGGUGGGCAUACCUAAGCACAGCACCGUGGUGGAGCGGCUGAGGCAGCGGAUCGAGGGCUGCCGGAGACACCACGUCAACUGCGAGAGCAGGUACCAGCAAGCCCACGCGGAGCAGCUGGAGAUCGAGCGGAGGGAGACGGUGAGUCUGUACCAGCGGAGUCUGGAGCAGCGGGCCAAGAAGUCCGCCGGCGGCGGCGGCGGCGGCGGCGGCAGCAAGCAGCCGCAGAGCAAGCAGCCGGACCCGGACUCUGCCUCCUCCGCGGAACAGAGGAAUAACACGCUCAUAGCGCUCCAGGAGACUGUAAAGAGGAAACUUGACAGUGCACGGUCGCCCCUCAAUGGAGACCAGAACGGCAUCUGUGAUGGAGGCAGCUACUCACCGACCACCAAACGGGUACGGAAGGACGGCUCUGGUGGUUUGGACUCACUCACAGGUCUCCCUAACAACAAUAACAGUGUACCACCCAUCUCUCCUCUGCAUCACCAAAUGGACAUUAAGCCAUUGCUUGGCGGGCCCAACACUUCCACCGGAAACAACACUACAAACAGCAACGGCAACCAUGUAAGCCGCGCAUCAGAUGAGCUUGGAAAGAAUGGUGGAAACCAUCUCCCAGACAUGAAGCUGAAUGGCUCGCUGGACCUGGAGGACAGCUUCGGCCUCCUCAAAGACCUGAAACAGGAGCCACUGGAUGACGGAGGUGGGAUGGAGUCCUCUGAUCCCCAGUCUCUGUCCAAUCAGAACAAACUGUUCUCUGACAUCAACCUCAAUGACCAGGAGUGGCAGGAGCUGAUCGAUGAGCUGGCCAACACUGUGCCAGAGGACGAUAUGCAUGACCUCUUCAAUGAGGACUUUGAAGACAAGAAGGAGGCAGAGUUUGGCAGGCCAGCAAACAAUCAGACACCAGGCCCGCAGGAAGCAGCUGGGAAUACAACAGCACCUGGAGGAGGGACUGCAGGAGUGGCAGCAGCCUUGCCCCCUCCUCCUCCUCAGCCUCCACAGGGAGGUCCACAGGUUCCUAUAGGCUCGCCACAGGUUCGACCAUCAUCGUCAGGACCUCAGUUUGCCACCACUGCCAAUGGAACACCUCCGCAGCAACCCUUGCAGCAGUCACCCGCCGUUGCCAUGGCAUCUGGUUCACCAUUGCACAACUGCGUGGCUCGUUCCCCUCAAACCCCAACCCAGGCUCAGACUCAAGCAGUCUCCAGGCCUGGGAAUGGAUACAUGAUGAGCCCAGGCCCAGGGGUCAGUCAAGCAGGAACGGGACCUGGAGCAGCUGGGGUUGCCCCCGGAGGUCAGCCAGUAGGGCCGGUGACGCCUGAACUUUCUCCAGCAGAGCAGCUGAAAGCCAUGGCUCAGCAACGUGCUAAACUGCUGCAGCAGAAGCAGCAACAGCAACAAGCAGCUAACUGGUCCCCAGCAGGCGCUCCAACCAGUCCCUAUAACUCUGGUCCCUUUAACCAAGACAAACCCAACAGCCCAAUGAUGUACCCACCGCAAGCCUUUAAUACACCACAGGGCCCUCUAGUGGCUGGAAUGGCCCCCAACAAUGGGCCAAAAGCCCCCAUGAGCAACUACCUCCCUCACAACCACAUGAGCAUGAUGGGACAGCAACAGCCAAACAGCAUCAACCAGAACACCCUGUCCAAGCAACAGCAGCAACAGCAGCAGCAAACAGCAGCCAUGUUGUCCUAUAAUAACACCAAACCGCUCAGCCACUUCAGCGGUAGUGGGGUGGAUCACAUAGGCCAGAGGAUGACUCCACCCAUGGCGGGGAACAAUCAGGUCAAGAACCCCAUGAUGCCUCCCUACAUGGGUGGUGGAGGAGGUGGGGGCCAGGGGGCGGGGCCAGGGCAGACCCAGGGCCCAAUCCCGGGACAGACGGCCCACCUUAGUGAGGAGCAGAAGCGGAUGUUGCAGAUGAAGCAGAAAGUGUUGAACCAGAACUUGCCCUACAGCGCCAUGCAGCCCCAUGGACAGGAGCAAGGUGUGGUGGGAAUUUCACGACCACCAGGCGCCAUCCCUCCUCCUCACCCUGGUGGGGGUGUGGCCCCAGGUGUAGGCCCCAACCAGGGGUCAGGACCACCUCCGGGCUACGUGGGCAAUCAGCAGCAGGCAGCCAUGAUGAAACAGAUGAUGGCAAUGGAGCAGGAGAAGAGAGUGCAGAUGCACAUGAUGGAGCAGCAGAAACAGCAGCUCUUCAGAGAACAGAGACAACAGCAGCAGCAGCAACUACUGGCUGAGCAGCUCCAACAGCAGCAGCAGCACCUCCCCAGACAGAUGGGACAGGGCCAGAGGAAUCCAUACCCCCAAGUCAAUCAAUACCAAGGUCCUCCUCAAGAUCUGGCAUCAAGGAGCCAGGCUCUCCAGAACAUUCGGGCUGCCCGGCUCCUACAACAGCAACAGCAGAGCCAGCAGCAGAUGGUCCAGAUGAGUUCUGUUCAGAGCCAAGGGGGCUCUGUAGGACCUCAAACUGACAUGGGUCUACCCUAUGGCAACCAGGGGUCUAACCAGGGUUCUCUGUACGGGCUCAACCCCUCCAUGAGCCAAAUGAUCCAUCAGCAGCAGCACCAGAGCCAAAGCGUCCAAGGCUCCAUGGGUCUUCCACCGCAGCACAACCCUGCCGGAGGGCCGCAACGGCAGGCAGGUGCGGGUCCUGGGGUCGGUGGUAUGCCUGGAGGCCCCGGAGGUGGUGGAGCUGGAGGUUACGGGGGACAAGGGAUGCUAAUGAACUCCAUGACCCAGCAACCCCUCAAAGGCCCUCCCAUUGCCAAAGCUCAGGCACAGAGACUGCAAAGUAUGCUGGGAGCAGGAGGAGGUGGAGGGGGAAUGGGGGCAGGAGGCUGGCCACCGCAGCAAGGACAGAGUCUGCAGGCCAUGGGGGGAGGAGUCGGAAGGACUACAGGAGGCGGGGGAGGAGAUAUGGUGGGGUUCAGCUCAGCCCAGGUUUAUGGGAUGCAGCCAGGUCAACCUCCUCGAAUGGCAAAGCAACACUUUCAGGGCCCGGGACAGGGGAUGAGCCAGGGGAUGGACCCCAGGGUGGGCAACCCAGCUGCGGGUAUGGGUGGCCCAAUGAUGGCCCCCCACAUGGGCGGUCAGCCCAGGACCAACCAGCCCCGGCCCAUGGUCAUGAACCAGGGAAUGAGCCAGGGGGUGAUGAGCCAGGGGAUGACUGUGAUGGCGGGAUUCGGGCCGGGUCCUGGGGGACCAGGAAUGGGGACAGGGGGAGGAGGAGGAGGACCCUAUGGACCUGGAGGAGUUGGGGUUGGGAGUCAGCCGCAGGGCUACCAGAGGACAGCCAAUCAGGACAUGGCAUCCUAUGGAUAUGGGGGCGGGCCCUCAAGUGGCGGAGCCUUCGGAUUGGGCGAUGGCUCCGGGGCGGAGCUGGACUCAAGCGAUGGGUGGAUGGAGGAGUUUUUCCCGAGCCAAUAGCCAACAGGGAAUGUGGAGAAGAGUUUUUACUGGAUGAACUAAACAUUAAAAAAGGACAAAUGUUAAAACCUGAGAAAGUAAAACAGAAAGGAUGACGUGAGAUGGACUGGCAUGUUUUUGUUUUCUAAAACAUGUGCAAGGUUAUAAAUGAGAUAUUGUGUUAUGUUUUAUGUGUGUGUGUUUGUGUGUCUGUGUGUGUGUCUGUGUGUGUGUGUGUGUGUGUGUGUGUGAGUGUGAGUGAGAGUGGGUGAGUGAGUGAUGGAGUGAUGGAGAAAGCGAUCAUUAUGUUCCGUGCAUAUUAACGACGAACCAAUAUAGAGAUUAAGAGGUGUGUUUCAUUCGUUUUCCCUUUUUUCUCCACGGAAUGAAUUUUUCUCAUGUUCCAGUGUUUGAAAGCGAGCCCCGUUUACACAGCAGCGCUUUGAGCCUGAGCUUCAGCAGGGGCCGAUUGAACACCAUAGAAUGAUGGAGGGGAAGGAAGACUUGUUCUCAAGACAGCAAUUUAUUUGUGUUUGUGUGUUUGUGCCACCCAGCUCAGUGCUGCUCAGAUCUUUCAACUAUGUAAGGAGCUGAAGGGAGUAGAAAGCACUCUCAAUGCUCCCAUUUCCUCUCUUAGAUUUGUGCCCUCCAUACACAUACACACAGAUACACACACACACACACACACACACACACAGACGCACACAUACGGAGAGACACACUUGCAUAACACACACACACACUCUCUCACUUGAUCUAUCUCUCUGUCUCUCUCAUCCUCCUUCCCUCUCUCUUCCUGUCUUUCCCACCCUCUCUCCAGAGACUCGUUGCUCACUCUCAACACUCCUUUCUCUGUUUAAAUUGUGAACAUCACAACAGAACAAAUGAUGUUCCUCUAUUGUUCCAGACGAGCACACUCUGCCCUCUAGUGCUUUUGCUAGGCAACCGACCUGGGUGGCGUUUUUUUUUGUUGUUUUUUUGGGGGGGGGGGGGGGGGGGGGUCAUUUCCUGUGUGUGGCUGUGGAUGACUGCUAUGACACAAAGAGGAAGACAAAGAGAAUAGGCAGCUAAGGCAAGCAUUGGUCUCAAAAGCUUACACACAAACACACACGCUCGCACACAAAUCAACCACCACAGAUCAACAGACAUCAGUCUGGGAGGAUGAGCAGAUGUGUGAGAGGCAGCUAAUGGAGCUAAUAUUACAUUACCUGUGUGACACAAACAACAACACAUGCAUCAGGCUGACAUGAAGCAGAAUGAUUCGCUGGGCACUGAAUGUAUUCAAGCACCACAAGUGACUUCUUCAUUUUUUAAGGAAAAAAAACACUCAUUGAAAGCUCACCCACAUUGUUUUCUUUGUUGCUGUAUUUUAUCUUUAACAAUGAUGCUGGUUGUGUCUUUGUCGAUUAAAAAGACCAACGACAAAAAAAAGGUUGAAAUUAGCCCUCUUUUAGUUUGUGUUGUCUUUUUGCUAUCUGUUUGUCCUCCCGUCACGCCACAGCCUUCUCUUCCAAUUGUGACGCAGCUGGGCGUCAGUCACCGUAGCCCUGCUUUACAUCGUGGCUUCUCUUGUACCGCAGCUCUGAAAUGCCCUCGCAUCAGACUAAAACGUAACUGUGCUAUACUGUAACACUACUGUGAAGAAAUACAAGUUAUCCCCUUCCAGCGCUUUACUCGGAAAAUGAACCACUGCUAAGCCGCGUUUUAGAGGAAGUGGAAACACUUAAGAAAGCUGAUUGGUGGUGACAGUUAGGGCCAGUUAGCAUUCAAACAACCUGUGCUUCCACUGAAGUCAGUGUCUCCCCUUCAGAGUCAACUGUAGGCUUUACACUGUCCACUCCCUCGCCCUCGUGGUUGAGUAAUAACUAUCUGUCAAAUAGGUUUUAAUACAGUAGCUGUUGUUAAGAUAACACCUUACUUCUCUAACUGUUUUAUCAUCCUGGUUAAAAGAUGAAUGAAAGUGAGUCUGUAUGUGCAUUACUUUGUAUUUAGCUCAUCAGAGUGAAAGUUUGGAGGACGACGCUGUAAUCAACAAACCAAAAAGCCUUCUUCUCUGUAAACUAACUCCUUACCAUCAACGCAUUUGUUCUCAUGGUUUGUUGUAUAAAUCAACCCUUUAAAUACAAAUUUUAACCACCGACCCCAUUGUCCGGUAAGUGUUGCUGCGUUCGGUAGCACCGGCGAAUGAGGUUCUGUACUUGUUUUCUUUUUGUCAUGCUCUGGGAGUAGAAGUGCUCCGUCUUACUGUGUGAAGUUGAGGGUCAAGGGCAGACAGAUGUAGAGGUCGUAGCGAUCCCCGAUUCUAUCAGGGGAGAAUGGUAAAAUAAAUGAAACCCUGUGUCGGUGUCUGGAUAGUUUACGCCUUCCUUGUGGUCUUCAGUGGCCCCACUGCUUAUGCUUAGUGUGAAACAUAGUGAAAUAAAGGCAGUGUGUAGGAAAACACCCGAGCUUAACCACUCCAACCAAGAGGCAAGACGACAAAAACUUGUUGGUCAAAAGUUAAGGUCACAGCCGCUGCGACCCUUUUGUUUUGCUUCAGAGUGAGGAUCUAUGAUAUGGUUUGAAUUCCCUUCAGGAAGAGAGGAGGCCUCCUCAAAAUAUCAUUAUGUACCGGGACCAAGUCUGUAGACAACAUUUUAACAGAAGUUGUUGUUGUGGAUGUUCUUUGUUUUAUUUUAUUUUAUUUUUUUUACUGGUGCUGACAUAUAUGUGAUUAUGAGAAAAACUAUAUAAAAGAUAAUGGCUAUUUGUAAAUAUGUUUUUACAGGUUUAAAUACAUCAGAUAAUACAGUCUCUACUCUGUAAAGAAUUUACUGUUUGUUGGAAAAAUAGAGAAGUAUUUUUAUUUUGAAGGUUUUUUUGUUUGUUUUCACCUUUAACCCAUCUGAGCUAUGCCAUUGCACUUCAGACAAUGUCUUACUACUAAUUUGUAUUGUAAACCUCCUCCUCUUUUUUGGAAUUUUUUUCAUUUUGUUUUUUUCUAGUUUCAGAUUUGACUCUGUUCUUGAGCAGUGCUUAUUUCUUUUUAUCCUGUACAGAAUUCUGAAAUGUUAACAAAAGAGAGUUACAAAAGACCUUUUUGUUUUGUUUGUUUUUCAAAAAGAUACAAUAAAGAGAGAAUGUUCUCGCGGAUCAUAUUAAAUGAAA